GAAACGCACACUUGUGUCUAUCAGAGCAAUAACAACGGCGAGCAAACCCUUCCCCGAAUAAUUGCCCCUAUAACACAUAUCGCAGUUACAUCUCCACCCGAUCCUAAUGAAGAAGCUUCGGCCUGACUGACUGGGAGAUGGGAGUACAAAACAUAACAGACCAGACUCCACUGGUCCAGGCUAUAUUUAGCCGAAAUGCAGAAGAAGUGAAGUUUUUGUUGCACAAGAAUGAAGAAGUCAAUGCACUGGACCAAGAACGCCGUACCCCCUUACAUGCUGCUGCGUGUUUGGGCGACGUUCACAUUAUGGACCUUCUCAUUAAUUCAGGUGCUAGUAUUAACGCUAAGGACCAAGGCUGGCAGACUCCCCUGCAUCGGGCAGCUGCCUCACAGAACGAAAAGGCCGUGGGGCUGCUGCUGAGACAGGAUGCGGAGGUCAAUGCCCGGGAUAAAUUCUGGCAGACGCCGUUGCAUGUGGCUGCGGCCAACCGGGCCACACGCUGCGCUGAGGCUCUCAUCCCCAAGCUGAGUAGCCUGAACGUGGCGGACCGCUCCGGCAGGACUGCUCUGCACCACGCUGCACACAGCGGCCACGUGGAGAUGGUGAAUUUGCUCCUCAACAAAGGGGCCAACCUGAGUGCCAGCGAUAAGAAGGAGAGGCAGCCAAUCCACUGGGCCGCAUACCUCGGGCAUCUGCAGAUCGUGAAGCUUCUUGUGUCGCGGAGCGCGGACGCCAUGUGCAGGGACAAGCGCGGGUAUACCCCGCUCCACGCUGCAGCUGCCAGCGGCCAGAUUGAGGUGGUCAAGUACCUGCUGCGGCUGGGGUCAGAGAUUGAUGAGCCUAACGCCUUUGGGAACACAGCGCUCCACAUGGCGUGCUACACGGGCCAGGAGGCGGUGGCCAACGAGCUGGUGAACCGCGGUGCCAACGUCAACCAACCCAACCACCACGGUGGCACGCCGCUACACCUGGCCGCUGUCUCAACCAACGGGGCGCUCUGCCUCGAGCUGCUAGUCAACAACGGCGCUGACGUCAACAUGCAGAGUAAAGAAGGGAAGAGCCCUUUGCACAUGGCCGCUAUUCACGGGCGCUUCACCCGCUCCCAGAUCCUUAUCCAAAACGGUGGGGAUAUAGACUGUGUAGAUAAAUAUGGCAAUACUCCUCUUCACGUUGCUGCUAAGCACGGCCACGAGCUGCUGAUCAGCACCCUGAUGACUAACGGUGCUGACACAGCCAGGCAAGGGAUUCAUGGGAUGUUUUCGUUGCAUUUGGCUGUGCUCUACGGGUUUUCAGACUGUUGUCGCAAGUUACUCUCCUCAGGUCAGCUGUACAGCAUUGUAUCAUCUCUAAGCAACGAGUAUGUGCUGUCAGCCGGGUUUGACAUAAACACCCCAGACAGCCUGGGGAGGACCUGCCUGCACGCCGCUGCCUCUGGAGGAAACGUUGACUGUCUUAACUUGCUGUUGAGCAGUGGUGCCGACUUGAGUAAAAAGGACAAACUGGGAAAAGCUCCUUUGCACUACGCUGCUGCGAAUGGGAGCUACCGGUGCACGGUUGCCCUGGUGAGUGCUGGUGCCGAGGUGAAUGAGCUGGACCAGAAAGGCUGCAGCCCCCUGCACUACGCUGCCGCAUCGCAGACCUUCUGCCGAGUGGACAGACAUUACUCAGUCGGACACCAGAGUGAGGAGAGGGAAAAGGAGGACUUUUUUUGUUUGGAGUAUCUGCUGGAUAACGGGGCUGACCCGGCUCUGAGGAACACCAAGGGUUACAGCGCAGUCCACUACGCAGCAGCCCACGGAAACAAGCAGAACCUGGAGCUGCUCUUGGAGAUGUCGUACAACUGUCUGGGAGACGUGGAGAGCAGUGUUCCAGUUAGCCCUUUGCACUUAGCCGCGUAUAACGGUCACUGUGAGGCGUUGGGGGUGCUGUCUGAGACGCUGGUGAGUCUGGACGUUCGGGAUGCGGGGGGGCGCACCGCCCUAUACUUGGCGGCCCAGAAGGGACAUGCUCAGUGCUUGGAGGUCCUGCUGUCCCAUGGGGUCUCCUGCCACCUCAGGGAGCGCCGCAACAAGUGGACCCCACUCCAUGUCGCAGCUUCCAACGGCCAAACAGACUGUCUGCUCAUGUUGGUCAACCGAGGGGAGAAGGCUGACAUCAUCGACAUUGCCGACGUACAGGGACAAACGGCUCUGAUGCUGGCAGCUCUGGGCAGCCACACUGACUGUGUCCACAUCCUGCUGGAGAAGGGAGCCGGGGUCGACGCCGCCGACAAGCGAGGCCGCACUGCCCUACACAGAGCUGCGGUGAUGGGCAGUGAGGACUGUGUGUCGGCCCUGCUGGAGCAUGGUGCUUCGGCUCUGUGCAGGGAUUUCCGGGGGCGCACCCCCCUGCACCUGGCCGCCUCCUGCGGCCACAUGGAGCUCCUGCGCAGCCUGCUGCAGGGCGCCACACGCACCGACCCCCUCGACUCAAUGCUGGACUACAGUGGAUACACUCCCACCCACUGGGCCGCUUACCACGGGCACGAAGACUGUUUGGACGUUUUACUUGAACACAAACCUUUUAGUAUCCAGGAAGGAAACCCCUUCACCCCAUUGCACUGUGCUCUAAUAAAUGGCCAUGAUGGUGCUGCUGAACUACUGGUAGAGACGGUCGGACCUCAGAUGGUGAACAUCAAAGACGCCAAAGGAAGGACCCCGUUGCAUGCGGCUGCCUAUUCGGAGAGUGUUGGCGGGCUGCAGCUGGCCCUGGUCCAGGGGGCAGAGGUCAAUGCCGUGGACACCACAGGACGUUCCGCCCUGAUGAUUGCCGCCGACAACGGACGGACCGCAGCCGUCGAGAUCCUGCUGCACCAGGCCAAGGCAGACCUGACCCUGCUGGAUGUCAACGACAACACCGCCCUUCACCUGGCCUGCAGCAAGGCUCAUGAGAUGUGUGCCCUGUUAAUCCUGGGAAAGAUCAGCGACCCCUCACUCAUCAAUGCAACAAACAGUGCACUGCAAAUGCCCCUUCAUAUCGCAGCGAGGAACGGUCUGGCUACAGUGGUCCAGGUGCUCCUCAGCCAGGGGGCAGCUGUGAUGGCUAUAGAUGAGGAGGGCCACACCCCGGCCCUGGCCUGUGCCCCUAACAAGGACGUGGCGGACUGCCUGGCCCUGAUCCUCUCCACCAUGAAGCCUUUCCCUCCCAAAGACGCCAGCGCCGCCGCCUCCUUUGGCCUCAACCUGCUGAAGCACUGUGGCAUCGCCACCACCUGCGGGCCCCUGCCCAACGGCACCCUGCACCACACCUACGCCAAGGACCGCCACGGCACCGCCGGCCUGGACGGCUGCUUCACCGAGUGAAGCGAACCCCCAACCUGUUUCCCUCAGACCUCCCUACCCUGUCCCCUUAUAUCUUUAACUAGCCAGAUCUGCCCUCUUUAAUCCACUAUGAUCCGGGGGACCCCCCCCUUCUAACACACACAACAAGAGCAGGAAUAUACUUUGAAUUACAUGUGUGUAAGUGAGCGUGUGCGUUUGGAUGUGUGUGUGUUUGGAUGUGUGUGUCGGUAUAUGUGCGCGUGCAUUUGUCUGUGUGUUUAAAGAAAAACUAAAUCCCUUAUGGGUGCAGUCAAACCUAUAUGCAAUUAUUUGCCUCUCCUCUGUGGCAUAUCGUCUGUCGUCGCUAGCCUGGCCUUAGGUCAGACACCCUCUGUCCAGUGUCCAGGACAGAGCACGUCACUGAGUCCCUCUGAAUCGUACCGGCAGAGUUUCUGUAUCAUCAUGAAGUUAUCACGGUUUUGUUGAAUUAACAGAUUCACAAGCAUGUGUUAUAAGCUACGGUCUAAAUUAAUUCUAAAUGAAAUUUAAAUUAUUGUGAAUUUUUGAUAUUGCACUUCAACAACGAAUGAACUUACCUCGCAAAUCCCAGUGAAAGCGAUGACCUAGUAGGAGAACGGUGCCUGAAACUGGUGCAAUAUGCAGCAUGUGUGGGUAUUUCCAGUGCUGUGCCUCUCUCUGAAGACUAGAAUAAAACUGAAGUAGUAGAGCGAGGGAAAGAACGGGAGAGGGUGAUAGACCGUCGCUGGGUUUGACUGUACAGUUCUGGGUGAGUUGAGAGCUCUGCAGAGAAGCCCAUGGAUUUGAAAACAAGCGGUGACAAGCUGGUGUUGGCUCACCUCAAAGUCCAACAACAAGCACCUCCCACUUGCUAAGGCUGUCUGAGUGACCUCAUCCACCAUGUCCAGUAGAUGCCGGACUUUUGUUGGCUGGGUUUUUCUGCAUUAGCCCCCUCUCACUGAGUCCAUACUGAAGGGAGUCGUUGUGGGUCUUGCCUGAACCCCACUCCCGUUCGUCACUGUCGUAGAAUACUCUUGGUACCUUAAGGCGGUUCUAAGACGUUUCUGGAUAUUUAACAAUGUUGUGCCUAUGGAAUACUGAGAGACAACCACAACCCUUAACCUCACCUAGUUUAUACCAUCUGAUCUCCCACCUGAUUCCUGAUUUUUUUAAAAGAUUUUAAAAGAGAACAAUGCUAGUGGGACAUUUUUAAAGGAUGAAAUGUAGAUUUUAAGAGAAAUGGGUUUAGCACACAUACUGAACAGCAUAAGCUAUUUUUGUUGCUGUCGUAUAAACACUUGUUUACAUAAUGUAAAUGGUCGUCGUAUUUACUUGUGAAUCGACAGUCUAAUAUGUUUGCACAAUAAGGCCAUGCCUCCAGUAGGAAAAUAAAGAGCGAAGACGUGUUUUCAAUAUAGCUGCUAAAAUAUUGCUGCCUCUUCCAUGGAUUCUAUUCACGGUUUCUGUCAAUGCAGGUCUACAUUUGGUGUGUACAUUUUUUUUUCAUUAUUGGGAAGCAAUAUUCAAACAGACUUCAAAUUCUUUAGCAUUUUUUUUUUUCAUGCAGUUUGCUGUGUGGAAAGGUUCAUGUUUUUACCUCAACAUUGGGGAUGACUUCAAGUUUUCAAGAAAAUAAUUUGCACUACCUCCAAAGUUAAAGUAUUAUUUUUCAAAUGGAAUAGGUAGAAUGUUUAAAAAAAAUCAAAUUAUAUUCUUUCCAAACAGCCAUACUUGAAAAAAUGUCAGUAAUCCCAAUCGAACGGCAUGCGCUGUAAUCCUCACUUGUCACGUUGAUAGGCAUAGCAUUGGGAGUUGUCAAAAGUACAGCCAAAAACACAAAUGCAUUCCUUUUAAAUUUGAAUUAGGCACGUCUUGUACUUACCUCAAAGAUUUUAACAACGCAACUCGUUGACUCCUGUUUGGGCCACACUAUAGAUCCAUACAUUUUUGUUGAUCGCUCCUCUGCCGCCUUUUGCACAGUAGUUGAAUCAGUUUAGUUUUAAGGGUAAUCAGUUGAUUACGCUAUUUAUGAAGAUUGUUAGUUAUGUUCAUCUGAACAGAAUUCAAAAUGAUGUUCACUCCGUUUGUAAUUGUUUUCUUGAGAUUGUAAAGGUCCCCCCCCCCAAAAAAAUAAAAAUAAAUUACAAAAUCAAUCUUUAUCAGCAUUUGACCCUAGUCAAACAUUCAUAAAGUAAUUUGAAUAUUUAAAAGGAGAAAGUAUUUUUAAAUCCAUGGUGUACUGUAACAUUCUGCAUUAGCCUGCCUUGUAUCUGUAUUUUAUUUUACAUAUUACAUAAAUGUAGUUAGAUGGCAAAAUUGCACAAGUAGUGUUACUGUACCGAUGCAUAUCUUUUCUCUUAACAGUACACCAUAGUGACACAGUAUGGCUGACACAAAAACACACAUACUUAUAUUAUGUUGGUACGGUUAUGUAUGGACAGCUACUUUUUUUAUUUUUUGAGAUGACAAUCAGCAUCACAAGGGCUUUUUAUUUAUAAGUAAAUGCUUUUCGGAAGUUGUUUUUAAGAAGUGUCUUUCGGGAUUUUGUUUAUUUGAGUCAUUGAGGAUUUCUUUACACCCGUUUUGAAGUAUGUGUGCUCCCAUUUCUCUUCUGCGGCAACAAGAACACCAUGUUGAAAUGUCUGGUACAAAUACCUCCAUUGUGUUAUACACUGACAACCUUAACCCUCUUCCUCCGUUCCAUUGUUGUUUCUCUCUGGAUAUGCUUCAUUCCUAUUAUCAGUUGUCACCUAGAAUUGUUCUCUUUUGAAUGGAAUAUCCAAAUCAUUUUGCACAUCUCCUUAGAUGUACGUACUAUUCAUUAUAUUAAGAAAAAAAAAACAUUUGAUGCAUCAAUUUCUGAAUCAUAUUUCAGCCUGAGAUUCAUUGUCAGCUCCUGGUGCAUUCAAUCAUAGGGCUGGGAAGGAACUGUGUUUUAAAAAAGGAAAAGCUUAUCUUGCACCUAUUCAGAUGCCAGUAAUGUUAUUCCACAAGGUUUUUAAUGUCAAAGCCUUUUAAGAAAAAAUAAGAUGACAAAGUCAAUAUCCUUUACAUGAUGUAGGAAUAGCAAAUUCCAAAACCAGUGUCGUUGUUCCUCAUAUUUAUACUAAUAUGCUGAAAAAAUGAUUGUAUUAAGCUACCUGAAAUUUUUGUGGCAUUUUACAUAAGCCUUUUUAUAUGAUGUCAGAGAAGGUUUAGGCCCAGUUUGAUGAGGUGAGAUCACAUCGAAUAGUAAGCCAUUUAAUAAUGUUCUAGGGUGAAUUGCUAUGUUAAUUAUAAUUGUUGCGUUGAUUUAAAUGAGAAUAGGAACCUACUAGAUCCCUUUUUUUUCCUAUAUUGUGUAACGGUGUGACAUUUCAUUGACCGUGGAUUUGGUGUAGCCUACGGUUUUGUUGUCGUUAGGCUGGUUAGACAUGACAUUGAAAACCCCAAUCUCCCUUUUGGAAUAAGUUUUAAUGUGAAACUGAAUCCCUUACUGAUCAAUCGGAUGCCUAAAGACAUACAAGUAAAGAGUUAAAGGACUAAAUUCAUGAAGCCCCUUUCCUUCCCCUUUUAAAAAAAAGUUUUUAUUUCCUCCCUCCCAAUUUACCUAUUCUGUUUACACUGUGGGCAUAGAUUAACCUAGUAUUGUGAUCUUUGGGGCCAUAGAAUGUCGGAAAGCAUUUUAGAUUUUCAGUGAUGCAACAAAAACAACCAUUUUCACUCAGUCCUGACCCAAAGCACUUAUUUCAAGAAUAAGCACUUUUGUAUAUUUAAUAUCUCUAUAUGUGUAUUUAUGUAUACCGGUACAUACAGUAUGUUACCUAUGUAGAUAUAAACCACCUUCAGUGGAGAGAUGAGAGUACAUGAACUGGUGACUGAUCUUCACAAUCAUGUGUGAUGUGCUUGUGGGAGAGACACUGUUUAAUUGGAAGGGGCAUGUUUCUCUUUGGGGUUAGCAUAAGAGAGCAGUGAAAAGUCUAUGGUCACACCUUGGUGUGCACACGUGUGCAGCAAAAAAACAAACAUUUCAAAUGGAAAAUGAUACUUGCGCUGCCUUUCAUUGAGUUGCCAAAAAGCAGGGGAUGAAACUGAAAAACACUUGACUUUACCGAAAUUUGAGAUAUUACGUACAUUUGCAGACAUCUUAACUAAGCCAUAUUAGUCAAUUGCUGACAAAAACGUGAAUGUAUGGUCUAAAUUAUGGCAGGGGUUUUGGUUUUCUAGUAACUGACUCUUGCCGCACUGUUUAAGUUAAGUUCUAGAAAUUAUGGGAAAUAAAUGAAAAAUGAACUAAGGCAAAAUAAUCUUUACCUCUGCCUCCUCAUGCGUAGAUGUGGUAGGAUUGUGUUUCAUCUUUUGAUAUGAAGGGAUGGCUAACUCAUUUGUGCCAUUGAAGGGUAUUAUUGUUUUCUGCAGAUGGGUUAGCCUAAAAACAUGGUACAUCCAGCAUAUUAUAUGCCUUACGUUUAGCGGUACAAGCCUCACUCCAAUAUAAUCGUUUUGACUCUUAUAAAUAAUUUGGUGAAUGAUACUUUUAGUUCCUCUCUAGCUUUUGUUUUUCAACAAUGGGCACUAGUGCUAAUAGCCGAGCUAUCCCUCCUGUUAACCAUGGACUCACCAUGGACUGCCUUUACCUCUUAGAAAUUAUAUAUAGUUGUUUUGCUACUGUAUGUUUUGUUUGUAGUGCGUAGCCGAUUUUUACAUUUGGGAAUGUGUCCGUUUUUGUCUAUCAAAACAGUCGACCUUAAUAACUCCCCAUUCUGUUACCUAGACUCACAAGUGCCGUAGAAAUACCUGUUUGUCUAUGAAAAAAGGAAUUGUCUUUGAUUCUCAGUGGAGAUGGUAUUUGUGUGAUGCUCAGCACAAAGAGAGGAAUAAUGUUUGUUUUUUUAGGGGAUAAGAUUGUGCUUCAUCCUUUAUAAUUCAUCCUUUUUAUGAAGGUAGAAUUUUAAUUCUGGAUGGCAUCUAAUGAAUUUAACUAAUGUAUCAAUUAAACAGUUUUUGGUUGAUGUUUCACAUGCAACAUCUUAAAUGUUAUCAGUAUGGUAUGGAAAAGCAUCUGUGAAGAAUUAUUUGGUUGUAAAGGACGAUAAUACCUUACAAUGGCUCAAAUGGCAAAGAUGGACAACUUUCUCAAAAUGCUUCAGUUUGUAGGAAUGAGAGACGUGGGCGCUUUGGCCAGUGGAUGGAGUGAAAUAGAUAGCAUUAGAUAAUUGUGAAUGUGCAUGAUGGAAGACUGAUCAAGUCCAAAUUGUAUUUUGAAAAAGCAGUAUGGGUAGUAGGGUAGAAGAUGGUAAAAUUGCACAUAAGUAAUUAAGUCCGAGUACUGUAAACUGAGUUACAGGAGAAGUUGGGGAAAUAACUAUUAAAAACUUUGUAAGGAAGCAGAUUCAACACAUCUUCAUUUUUUAUUUUAUUUGUAUAGAUUAAGAGUAUUUAUGGAUUUUGGGCAACUGACAAAAUGUUGCCAUCAGAUAUGUGAGUGGAAAGUAGGGUCGCGUUAAAAUUGGAGAAUAGGAAGAACAUACACUAUUGGUCUAGUGGCCUAAUGUAGCUGCCUUUAUCUUGAUGAGACACUAUGGUCCUUCUAGUUAGAAAGCAUUCAUAUGGCAUCGAACACUUAUGUCAUGCUGAUUCAAUAAGCUCUAAAUUAGGUGUGGAAGGGAUAGAAGUUUGAAACAGAGCAUGUUGGUUUCUUUUAGUUAUGCCAGUGAUCACCAUGGUGAUGCUGUCCGUAACGUAGUCCUCUGGGAUAUCUUCCACUUACCUCUAGGACAUCGAUGUCCUUCAUUACUUGAAAAGUCAUUGGAUUAAGGCAAUAGCUAGGCAGUUACCUUUUUUUGUUGUUUUUAUUCCCAUUUGAAAGGAUUCUUUCAAAUCAAGAGGACACCGUGAACAUUUCCUCUUCUCCAAACAUAAUAUAAACGGCAGAAUUAGAGCUUUCUUUGUUAUUAGAAUUUGUUGAAAAUAAAUGGCUACAAUUUUCUCAAAGUAAGCAUGUAAAAUGCGGUACAUCAUAUUAAAUGGAUUAUACAAGAUUCAUUCAUCUCAUGAUGUUUCUAGUCAUAAAUGACAUUUGAUCACCAAAACAAACAUCAGAAUUAUGUCAUCUUCAAUGUCCAGAUUCAUGUGUGAAGCACACUAUUAAGUUCUUCCAUGAUUCCAACUUCUGCAUGUCUGUCCCAUCUCUAUGUAGACAAAAUGUUUCUUAGAGAAGAUAGCAUGUCUGAUCAUGUUAAGAUUCUUGAUUUUUAUAGCUUGUAGGCUAUGUUCAUGCCUUCAUUAUUCAUUUGUUUAUGUUGUACAACUACUACGCGGACAAUAUUUACAUGCUUAUUCAGUCGUAACAUCCAAAUUCUUGUUAAAAUUGAACCAAACUGUCGGUCCCACUUUUCUGCUAUUCGACCCUCAGGUUGUGUGGCCCAUGUUGUACUGUCUGAAAUUUGUCUGGUCCUAACUUGUUUGAUUACGUUUGUCACUCUUGUGCCUCUGAAAUUAGUUAAGGCUUAGUAACAUUUGUUCAAAACAAAGCAAACUGAUGUAUGGGUUGACUUUAUUCUCUAACAGUAUUUGGCUUCUUUGAAAUACUUCAGAGACGAUGUAGACCCGCCAAUAGCUUUAUUUUGUCUGUCUUCUCUUCCUCUUUAAGGACAGUUACUGAGUUGACCCUCCAAAUAGACUAUAGAGGGAUGCACUGGUGUUGUCUCCUUAGUGGAGAGUAAUGUCCACACUAUUUUUAUUGUAUGCCUUCAUGUAUUACUUGAUUAGCCGUUAUCAGACAUUGAACAGCUUACCUCAAGAUGUUAUGUCUCGCAAUGAUUUUUACCCAAACCAGUGCAUUUUAUUGAUGCAUUGGACCUCAUUGGAGAGUAAAUGUGAUACAUAUUAUGCAACUAUUUUUUUCUUUGAUUUGAUGGUCGUUUCAUGACUCGACUGCUCCUUGACAGCCACCCAUAGGAUGGGGCAAUGCAAGUAGGAAUCCUGGGUGGGGCAGUGGUCUAAGGCACUGCAUCGCAGGGCUAGAGGCAUCACUACAGACCUGGGUUCGAUCCUGGGUCUGUAUCACAAACUGCCAUGAUUGGAGUCCCAUAAGGCGGCGCACAAUUGGCCCAGCUUUGUCCGGGUUAGGCGAGGGUUUGGCCGGGGUAGGCCAUCAUUGUAAAAUAAGAAUUUGUUCUUAACUGACUUGCUUGGGUAAAUUUUAAAGGUUAAAUAAAAAGUUAAAUUAGGAUAUUGAAUCAUGUUUCCAUUAAAUAAAUGCUUCAAUAGGCAACCAAAGGAGAGAAAUGUCUUGGACCAUAAAGUAACUUAUUUAUGAGACUUCUGUGCAUUUCUAUAUAUAUAUACUGUAUUUCACAUGGCUGGUCAAAAUUGUUAUAGUUAAAGAAUGUUACCUUGUAAACUGCGAAACCCAGCUCCUCUAUGACCACCAAAUACAAUCCUGACUGACACUUUGUCGUGAUACAGACGGGCAUAAUAAACUGUCCUUACAAAACCAUUGAGUGAAUAGUUAAGUCCUUGGAGGGAAAAAAAUAUUUUACACAUCAGCAAAAUGGUCUUCCGUUCAUGCCAAUUGAAAGCCUUAUUGUUGAUAAGAGUGGAGGUCACACCUCCCAGAAACACAACUGCUCACAAUUACAGACCCGGUGAAGCCAGUGAGCCAUUGUUGUUCAUUCAAAACACAACAUGAUUCUAGUGCUUCCCAGUCUUAUCAUCCAUGUUGUGCACUGUGGCUUCAACUCCUCAAGCAAUUGUUAAUUGGUUGGAGAAAUAUACAAAGAAACACUCAUGCUGUUGUCAUAAAUCCAACCACCCUCUGGAUGUACAACUUGACUGUAGUUUCUUUUGCUCUCAUUUGAUUCUUGCCUUUGGCUUGCUUGCCAUAUUUGUCAAGGGACCUGAAAAAACACAUUGAAAUAGUGUUAAAUCCCAGUAGUGAUAAUACUGGAGUUAUAGUGUGAAUUCAUAAUAAAAGCAAUAUUGGCAAGUGCACUUUGUUGGGUGUUCUAAGCACAACAUCACUAAAAAUGCACUUCAGACAGAGUAGUGUGUAGAGAUUGUUGUUGAUUUACUUAACUAAAUGGUAUUGAAAUUAACAUGGUAAAUUAUUAUAAAGCAAGACUUAUAUUUGUGACAUUUGUAGUACCAUUUUAGCAGUAUGUUGAUUUGAUCAGGAUGUAGUUUUAGUUGGUGUCUGUACACCCCCCCCCUUAUACAAAAUGAACUGACUUAAGAUCGUCACAAAUAAAAGUUGUGGCUUAGGCAUUUUUAGGCUAGUUUUUAUGCAACCCCUUUAAUUGUGUGUGUGUGUAUUUUCCAAGAAUAGGUGGUGGAAGAAGAUUGUAUUUUGUGGAUAAGGAAGUCAGUGGAUUGCUAUGCCACAGAACUUAAUGUUUUGAUUACUUUUACAGUACAGUGAGUAGAAAUAGAGUUCUGUGUUUUAAGUGUGUUCGUGUGUGACGAUUUGGGCAGUUAGUUGUCAUGUCUUCAUUAGUGAGUAUGAGGUCAAGAGUGCGAUGGUAUUAUGAACCACUAUCAGCAAAAGGGCAAAGAAAAAGUGUGUAUUCAUUCCUGUCUAUUGUAUUUCUUUACCCACUUCCUGGUUUAUAAAUACCGUAAAGAAUAUAGUUUUUUCCUUCUAAUUAUUAACGUGAAAUACAUUUCCUUUGAAACACAAGUGAUGUAUGUAAGAUUCUGGUGCAAUGGCCUGUAAUAGUUUUUGGUUGACUCAUUUGAAAUGUUAUUGUUAAUUUGAGCAUAUUUGAAAAUAAAUUAGUACAGUAUCCUACGUGCAAUGUGGGGUAGACUAAUAUGCAUUAACAUACCUUUUGAAUGAAAUUUUAAAGCACUGGUGUAAUUGAAAGCUUGAGGUUGGUGGUUGGUAGUCCUUUGCUUUAACAGCCCUUGUUUUUACUUUGGUUCUGGAUAUAUUAGCGUCUUAUUCAGGAGGGCGUCUCGGUUUGACUCAGUCAUUGGACAUUGCUUUGUAUUAUGCUAGGAUUUGUUUACUCCAAUAGACCAGCCAAGCAAAAUGUAACACAAGCCCGGUCUAGGGGCUACAAUCUUGAAUUAUUAUGUGCUUUGACUGUCCAUAUUGCCUCUGCUAUAAUUUCAUUGGCUUCUUGUUUCGCUGCAAUUUUUUUUCACCAUAUUGGAAGUUUUGGGUUAAAGUUAGUAAUUGGUCAUAAAGUUGAACGUUAGGGACUAUUCGUGGUUAAAAUACCUGCCUAUCUGGUUUUAGUCCAUAGAAGGGAUAGAAUAUGCCAAACCGAUGUUGACUUCCCAUGUGACUUCAGCAUGAACUGUCGGUGAUCAUGAAAGUGUUAUUGUGCUUCAUUUAGGCCCAAAUAUGAAUUAGGAGGUGCAAAAUGAGCAAGUGGAAAUGCAUGAAAUGCUUUCUCUUUGGCACCUUUCAGUUUUGAAGUACUGCUGCCUGGUGAAGAGCUUGAGCAUGUCUGCAUUCAGUAUUUUCUAGAGCAUUCAGUAAACAUUUCUUUUAAGUUUUAUUAGCAUGAGAUUGUGAUUUUUGAAUCCAUAUUACCUCAAAUAUAUCAGUUACAAUUAAUACAUUUAAGUUAAAACAAAUGGUCUCACCUCAAAUGUCCAUGCUAUUUUGAAAGUUACUUUUACUGCUAAUGUAAUAUGAUCAUGUUUUAUUUUGCCUACCUCCUUGAUGCACAGCUACUCUUUGUCUCCUUAGCUCAUAACAACCUACAGUGAGCUACAAAAGUAGUGUGACAGUGACACAUUUGGGGGGGAACUAUGUACAAAAAGUGCUGUAAUUUUGAAACGGUUCACCCGAUAUAGAUCAAAAUACCCUAAAGGUAAAGCUGACAGUCUGCACUUUAACCUCAUAGUCAUUGUAUCAAAUCCAAAGUGCUGGAGUACCGAGCCAAAACGGUUUUCACUGUCCCAAUACUUUUGUAGCUCACUGUAUACUAGUGUCUGGAAAAUAUGAAAGCAUAUUUAUCACUUUUGAUCAAAGACAAAAAAAAAGUGAGCUUGAUUUUUUUGUGUGUGUGUGUACGUGCGCUUGUAACAUGGAAAGAAAAAUGAUAUCCCAACAACCACUGGAAUGUGAAGCCAAACUGUAUUUUGAUCGAAUGAAAUCUCUUUUAAGGUCUGUUGUAGCAUACAUGUGAACCUCGUCUCUGGUACAUGUUUUCUAUCCUUCAGAUACUUGUUGCAACAAGGUACUUUAUGAUUGUUUUUUUUUAAACCCCGUCCUGAAAGUAUCCACCAGGAAUCAUCCUGUUUUUCAUAGUAUGGUGGGUUUUUACUGUAAGUGUGUAAAUUGAGCCAUACGCCUAAAAGUCUAGUUUACAGCUGCAACUGUGUCUACAACUACCAGAGAUUAGGAGAACGUGUGUGCAUCUUAAUUACAAAAGCAACAUAACUAAAGCUGUUAUUGAAGUCAAAUUAUGGAGAUGUGUCGCAUGUGGUGUUUGUGUGAAGGGAAAUCGUAUUGCAUCCAGCCUUAAGCCUUCAAACGAAAAACAAAUCUAGACCUUAAUUUGUGAUCAUGCUACCACCACAACUCCCAUCACCUCUCCCAACCAACUGACCUUUGACUUUUUGACUGAAGCAUAGGUAUGUGAUAUACAGUAAUAGGGGUUAGAGAUCUAUUCCGUAAAAGACACACACACACAAAUACCCUUCCAACCCUAAACAAAUCUCCAACAUGUUCAUUAUUUUGACAUUGCAAUCCUUGAAAGCACUUUGCCUUGUUAUAUAAUUGUGUGCUACUGAAUGGUUAUUUCUUACAAAAUGUUCCGAAAAUGUAUAAAAUACAUGAUUUAAUGAUUUUAGUGAAACAGUGUAGUCUGCAUUGACCUUUCUGACAUUACAGGAGAAACUUAACAAACCACGGCAUUGAAACCUGAUCGAUUUUAUACAAUGUAUGCUACAGCAUUUGAGUCUUGUCAUUCAGUGUUGUGGCUUAGGAUUGGUUAUGUUUAAAUAAAUUGCUAUUGCUUAAUAUCUAUCUA